GAUAUUAAGCUAUUGAGGUAUUUUAUUUAAAAUCACGUUUCCAAAAUAUCAUAUUUAUCAGAACAAAUACUUUUCAAAUAAUUAAGUAAUUUAUUAUCCGUCUAUUGUUUCGUAAUAUUUCAAAUUAACAGCAACGUAUCGUAUGUAACUCUUAUUUCUUUCACGAUACUUAAAUAUUAGAUCACUCGUUACAAGGUAUCGCUUUUUUUAUACUGGACAUUCUCUCAUAAAAAAAUUAUUAGGAAAAAGACGUCAAGAUCACACGAGAAAGAAUCAGAUACCAGAUUCAUUUUUUAUGAAAAAUCAAUACAUGUCUUGUUCAGGAUAAUUUCUGCCGAGCAUCAGGCGUCAUCUUUUCGAGGUACAUUUUUUACAUGUCCGGUGGCGAAGAAAUAUUUCCGUUCGGAAAUAUUUCCGCGCGGCGUAUCGCAGCGCGGAAUUGCAUUAUCUGCAAAGUUCCUUUGAAAAUGUCGCUCCCGCAACACACAUUUCUCGCAACAUUUCUCAGAGACAAAGCGCCGUUCGUUCGUUCGAGGACACACCACUAUUAUUCGCAACUACGCCAUUCACACGAUUACACGGUACAAACGACACGUGGCAUACGCACACUUAUCUGAACAGACACGAAUACGUAACGCACAUGAACAUGCACACAUCCGUACACGCUGAUGUUGAAGCGUUAUCGCAAUGCUAAACGUCAUCUGACACUCGGCCAAUCCUUGGUUUCAGGUAAGGAAAAACUGGGCGUGCCACAAAACGAGAAUGUCUCGCUAGUUUUGGAGUCGGACGGCACGCAAGUCGAGGACGGCGAGUACUUCAAGACACUAGGCAACAACACGAUCCUGCUCUUGCUGCGGCAUGGUGAACGCUGGUGUCCCACUGGCGUCGACAUCAUUCGCGCUGCAAUUUCGGCGAUCCCGAAAAUAGUCUGCGAGACGAUCCACGCGCUGGAGUUGCACGAUGAGACGCCAUCGUGGAAAAUCAUGGACAAUAAAGGCCGAGUCACAGUGGUGCUACACUGGGACCAGCGCUCGUCGUCGUCGUCGCAGGUACAGCAGCAGCAAUCGAAGGCAGGCCAGGAUGCCCAGACUUCCAAGUACUCGCCGACUAAGAAAGUCGACCUGAGCGGCGCUCAACGGCCGUCCUUGGUGAUCCAGACCAGCUUGGACAAGCUCGGCUAUGACGGCAAGGCGACGCAUCUGCCCGGUGAGAUCGGCCCGACGCGGUACACCAGCCCGCGAAUCACUGUGAUAAAUCAUGACGAUAUGCAACCAACACAGCCGCACAUGCCGGGUCGCCUAGUAAAACAGGGCACGAAUUCGUUCGACAGCACGACCAUCCACAUUCACACGCCGGAGUGCUCAAAUCACAUCCAUCAACCGGUCGCGCGAAACGGCAGCCCGGUGAACGGUGCUGACGGCGGCGCCGUUGGCGAGUGCGACUUCCAUUGCUGCGCCCUGCACGAGGAGGGCCGUAGAAUCGCUGUGCAUAAGUCGGUGGCAACGUCGCCGAUCCAGGAUGCGCAGCAUGCACAGUAUCAACAUCCUCAUCAUCCGCAUCAACAGCAACAACAGCAAACGCAGACGCAGACACCAUCGCCACAGCCGCCAUCCUCUCUGUCGGACGGCACUAAGCGGCCCGGCCUUAGCAAAGGUCACGUUCGCUUUCGCGACACCGCCGACGAGGAGUCGACCUCGCGUCUGAUCGGCACCACCAGUUUCCAUCUGCAUCAUAAUCAUCAUCAUCACCAUCAAGAGCAUGACAGCUCCGAGUCUGAGACGGAGAACACGAUAAUGGAAGACGAGAUCGUGACCUCGGAGAAAUUUCUGCUUUUGAUCGACCAGCUAACGGUUGACCAGAAACAUCAUCUUAGCAUCAAGGACAUCGGUAUCAUACUAGAACGACUCAGCUCCAAAAUCCUUGACGUCGAGCGAUUGGAUCGCGAAAGCGAGAGCGAAGAGUGCUACAAUUGGACGAUCAAGGCGAUCAUCCGGGGCGAUGUUCUGCGGGAGCUCGGAGUGAUUUAUAACGGGAACUACUAUGCGAUUUCGGAGCAUCCCGGCUACAAGGAGGAGUCCGAGGAGAAUAACGAGGAUAAUGAGGAGGAGGAGGAGGAUAGACUUUAAUAUGAUGCUGUUUUACUAGAUAGAUAGAUAGAUAGAUUAUACACCUAUUCCUGGUUAUUAUUAACUUAGGACAUGUUGUAAACGGAAAUAAGGACGGGGAACAUUAUGUGGUCACACUCUCUUGGAUUCGAGGAUUUUCCAACUUUUUUGUGAUUUUUUCCGAGAGUCAUAACAUUUCUUGGAAUCUUCCGUAAUCCUUCAAGGAUUCCCCGAGAGCUUCCUUCCUUGAGUCUUCCUACGAUUGCCAAAUAUUCUUUUAAUAAUAAGAAACGAAGUAGCUUCGUUUCGUGCCAAAUACAUCUAUGAAAGUUCUAGAAUUAACGCGGAAUUUCUCGAUUCUUGAAUGAUAUAUAACUAUGUAAAAAUCAUCCAAGAUUUGGUGAAUUAAGAAUUCUUUAAAUCUAGUCUUCUAGGAUUUUCUAGAAUGUUCUUCAACUUUUUCUAAGAUUUCAGAAUUUCCUCUUCUCUCUCUCUCUCUCUCUUGCAGAGUCCCCCAAAAAUUUUCUUUUUUAGAAAUUUCCGAUGUUAUGAUCCUGUAAAAUUUAUAAUAUUAAUCUCAUUAAUUUUUUAGAAAUCUCUCAAAAUUUCUUAGUUUUAGAAAUAUCUAAAGAAUAUGUCUAUGUUUGAUUUAUAAUUUUUCGAUAUGUUUUUAGAACUUUUGAUUUCAAAAUUCUUGAAAGAAAUUUUUAAAUGUUAUUAUUUUCGAUACCUGUAUUUUUUGAACUACUAAAAAUACUAGUUUUUUGAAUUUCGGUAGUUUAUUUGGAUAAAUUAAAAAUUUAAAUCCCUUAAAUUUUAAAUGCGCCGUAGAUCUUAAAUGUUAUAAAACAUUUUCACAGAUUCUAUAAACACUGUAAUCCUAGGUGCCUUAGAUUCCAGGUACCUUCAAUCGCACAGAUUUUAGAUUCAAACAUCUUAGGUUCUAGAUGUCUUAGAUCGCAGAUACUAUAAAUUCUAGGUUAUUUAGAUCUUAGAUUCUUCGUAUAUAUAUUCACGAUCUUGAUAUUAAUUUUAAAUUUUUUUAAAUCUUGACAUAUAAUACUUUCGAUUUUUUAGUCCUGUAUUCUAAGUGAUUUCUCGAACUAUUGCAUAAUUUCCUACAUAAAGUUCCUUGUAUCUCCUUGUAUAUUCUGGCUACAAGGAGAAAUUAUAGGAAAAAAAUAAGAAGAAUGAUAGAUAAUUUAAUGUUAUAUUUUGCUGAAUAGAUAGAUAAUAAUUAAAAAAUUCUGUGCAAUUUAGUUUCUUCUUUCAUUUCUUUCAUUGUUCGGACUACAAAUAUUAAUAUUCAAAUUGAAAAAAUUAAAUAUAGAUCAAUUUUCUAAAGCUCUUACCAAAAUGAGUAAUGUUAUGUCAAAUCUUAUCAAUUAUCCAAUGAAAUUCUCCAUCAUUUAUGAUGACUCUGCAUAUGAAUCUAUGAGCAGCCUAACAAUUCUCAGUUUUUUUUUUGUUGUUCACGAAAUCCUCGGAUCAAAGAUAAGGUCCACGAAAAAGCGAAAGGUGUGCGAAUCGCAUUUGCGUUGCGGGGAAAAACCUAAUUCUAAGAUCGAAAGAUGACAGAGGGUAGAUCGAUGAAAAACGCCACUACUCCCUUCCGGAAAUGUUUCGUAAUAAGAAAGAAAAAGGAGAAGAGAAAACAAAACGGAGGGGUAGGAGGAGAGCGCAUCAUAAUGGAAUCAUGUAAUAUGAUACAACUUUAUUAAAAACCUAGUUCUAAAGACGGUUGUUGAGAAAUAUGUACUUAUUAAAACUAGCAUGUAUACUUGUAGGAAACAUUUUUGGGAUUACGGACACCGAUUCCGUAACCGUCCACAACACUGCCCUAUCUAAAGUGGAGAGACAAAGUAGAAGAGAGUGAGAAAUAGAGAAAGAAAGAGAGAGGAAAGAGAAUAAACUAAAAGAUGUGAAUAUAUAUAAUGAGUAAUAAUUCGAGACUCGACUAAACUCAAUGACAUAAUUCUUUUUCUUCGCUCGUAACGCGCCGUUAAUUAAUCCUUAUUGCAGGAUUCAAAUGUAGUUUUUGUAAUCUUGUUUGCAAUUCUCUCUAUGAUUAACUUAAUUUUAUAUCUCAAUAUUCUAAAAUAUAUAAUUUAAAUUUAUGAAUAAAAAGUUCUAAGUAGCCUUUUGAAUUUCACUAACUAAAUACUAAAUUCUUUAAGCUCUCAUUGUAGAAUAUAAUUUCUAGAUUAUAAUUUUUCUCAAGUUUUGAACGAUAUAUUUUAGCAUUUAAUUUCAUCGAACAAUGUAGAGCACAUUUAAGAAUUUAUAACUCAUAAAUAAUUAGCAUAGUAAAAUGAAUCUGUGCGUGUUAUAUCUGUUUUUCAAAUAAAAUUCUGAGAGAUAUCUUGCAAUAAAGGAUUAAUUUACACUUUUAAUAGGCGCGAUCAAGAAUGUGAAAAUCUCGCGAAGGUGCAAGAUAUGAUCGUCGACGUCGGGAACGAUCGAUGAUCUCGAACGGCGGGUGAAUAACACAUGGCGAGCACAUGUAUCGAUCCAUCAGAUCGCCAAAGAAUGCUCACUAUCAAUAUUAAAUAUGAAUAAAUGUAAUCGCGUGGCUGCCUUUUAUUCAUCGAACAUCGCGGACGAUUCACUGCGCAAAAAUCGACAUCAAAGUUAAUGAGAAAGUGACGCGACAAUGAAUUUGUUGAUUUCUCGCCGACGUAAAUUCUCGCCGACGUAGACUUGUGAAACAUGUUCUUGUAGCCUAAGAUCUUCGAAUCCUCCGGAUUCUGCGAUCUUCGAUCAUCUGGGUACUAGGUUCUUUAAAUUCCACUUUUUUAUAAUUUAAAUUAUUUUUUGAAUAAUGGUUUAAUUUUAGUUUUUAGAUUUUAUUUUAAUUUUUUAUAAAUCUCUUUCGUGAAUUUUAUAAUAAAUUGCCUAAGUGAACAAAAUUUUUCAAUAUUCAAUCUUUCGAUUUGCUUAUUUCUUAAAAUUUGUUUAUUCUUGUUUAAAUCAGCAAUUCUUAAUAUUCUAUUAAUUUUCAUAGAAUCUAGUACUCACUUCACUCAUUUUGGCUCGUUGCAGCUGCGGUAUUUCAGAUUAGAUCCGCGAAUGAAAAUCGCAUUUCAUUCAAAGCGGAGCUCAUACACUAAGACAGCAUCGUUCAAAGCUCUCUAAUCUUCCUUUCAAAUAUUAAAUCAGUGCGUAAUUACAUUUUAUUUCUUCUUUGAUAAUUGCUAAUUAUUUAGAAAAGAUAUCGUCAAGUUAUUUAUCUAUUUCCAAUAGUAGAGAAUCUCAUUUUUUCUGUAAUUUUAUAUACAUAUUUUUAGCUCUCAAAUGGCAAUAAGACAAAGAUAUUUGAGAAGUUAAGGAACAUAUUGUUAUUGCCUUCUUCUUAUGAGCUAUAUAUGUAUACAAUAAAAUAGUAUUCUCCAAUUUGUUGUAUUUAAUAAUUCAUUAACUCUUCUUUUUUUAUAUAUUUAUUAUGAUCAAAGUUAUUAAGCUUUAAUUUAAUAUUCUGUCUAACAAGAAAUUAGUAUUGACAAGUAUUGAGUUUAUUUUACGAGAAGAAAGGAAAUUGAAAGUUUUGAACGGCGCUUCAAGAACACAUAUGCAUACAUAUGCGCGCGUAUAGAUUACGUGUAAUGGUAUAAAUAUAGUCGGAAUUAUUCGGAAUUUACGUUAGCGGAUGUAUUACAUGAUUAUAUAAGUGAUAUAUCGAUACGUGUCGGGGAUACGCUCUAUGUGAAACUUUGCAAUUUUAAUAUAUUUCUAUUGUAAGUAUAUUCGAGAAACAGUAUGUGUGUGUAUGUAUGUGAGAUAAAAAGAAAAGAAAGAGAGAGAGAGAGAGAAAGAAAGCAAGAGGCGAUGGCACACGACGCGCGGAAGGUAUUCGAUAGCGUAUAUAAAUAUAUACAUAUAUACAUAUAUAUAUAUAUAUAUAUAUAUAUAGAUAUACAUAUAUUAUAUAAUAAUACAGCGAACUGUCGUGAGGAACUACUUUACACAUACGGGUCGUUUCGUUAAGGCCGACUCGAGGAACGCUCGAGGGCAAAUUUGGGGCGACUCAAGAAAAAAAAAAGAUGCACCCGCGUAUAAAGGAAGGAGUUAAAUUCGUCGUUCCGUUGGCGUUAAGAUUUUUCCAUGUGUCUUAUCUCAUCUCAUACUUCGUUCGCGAUCAUCUUAUCUUUAAUACGCUUUAUUAAAUCUCAAGAUUGUUGGAAUCUAGGAAUAUUCUGAGGGUUCCAUCGAUCCUGCGGAUCUCUCGAAUCUUCCACAUUCGCCGAUUUACUCGAAUCCUCGGAAUCUAGGAUUUUAGUUUCCUCCGAUUUUAGAUCUCACGGAUUUGAAAUUACAAAUUCCGCGGAGGAUCUUCUCGAAGAUAGAUUCUUUCCAAUUUAAAAUUUCGCGAUUCUUUUAAGUUACUAUAAGAUUCUAGGUUUUUUAGAUUUUGUACUUCUUGGUAUUUAGAUUGUUCAAACUAUAUUUUGCACUCUGUUAUUUUCAUAGAUCAUCGCAUCAUUAAACUCUCUUCAUGGAUCUUCGAACCUCGAUAUUUUCACUUUCUAAGGUCACGUGAAGAAGGAACUUAAGAUAAUCACAGAAAGAUAUGAGAAGGGUGUCGAGAGAGCAAAAGGAGAAGGGGGAAACUAUAAAUAGAAUGAUUUCGAUUUGUCGAAUUGGAUCAUACAUUUUUUUCGUUGUAAAAGAACGCAUGCUUUUGCAAUAAAAAAAAUGAGAGAGAGAGAGAGAAAAUAGAAGAAAAGAUUUCUGCUCCCGAGAACUAUUUCAUGAUAAGAAAAAAACCCUUUACAGGUUUCUGGUCUCGUAGUGCCACUUUAAAUAAUAAUGAAUAAUAAUAUAAUAAAAUAAAACAACAACAAAUAAUAUAUUAAUAAUAACAAUAAAAUAAUAAUGAUAAAAAGAAUAAAAAAAUUGUUAUAAGUUGUAACUGUUGUUUCUGGUACAUGCAGAUACUAUACACAUACACCCUAAACUAAGGAUAUGGCCUCCGUUGUUUAUUUAAACAUAACUUCGUCCUAUGAUCCUUUUGUGCAAAGAAAGCAAUGUCCUGGAAUUAUAUACAAAUAGAUAAAUUAACCCGUAUGUUACAUAUUUCGCUUAUAUCGCACAAACAUAGCAAUCAUUAGAAUGAUUUAUUUAUAAUUAUUACAGACUUCUUGUAUCUUUUUAGAACAAGAGCCAUAAAUUCAUAGAUUCUUGAAUUUUUCUUAAAUUUUUCUGCAACCCUAAUUUCAUAUCAGAUCUUCAAAUCCUGAUCUUAUAAUUCUGAUAAUAUUUAUACUAUGCAUAAUUUUUAUAUAUUAUUGAGUAAUUUAUGUUAUUUAUAAUACACACUUUUUCAAAUGUUUCUGAUCGUAUAAAAUAUUAUUAAUGUCGGAGAAGAGCUUUAUUUUACAAGAAUAUUUGCAACAUUCUUGUUUAUGUUAUCCUUGUUUACGUGAUUUGUUGCCUAAAAUAUUGUUGCAAUUUUUGUGUCAUUUUACGCAUAACGCAUAAUAGCGCGACUUUUCCUCGAUCUAUCGAUUGAUCGAUCUACAGCAAGCAACUGACGAUCAACGUAAGGGAGAGAUCUAGCGUAAGCAACCUCGCAUUAUGAUUACCUCUAUGUAUCUGCAUGACCACAUUACAAUAACCUCUAACUACUUUUAAAAGGAGAAAAAACAUAGCAACUACUCGAUGUAGCAGAAAAGAAACUCUAUACAGAGCGUUCCAAAAGUAUGUGCCAAACGCGUGUCAAGAGUACUCGGUGCUAGUAUUUUAUCUUCGCGACGACAAUCUUUCCCACUAUAAAUGCCCUCUUGUAUAAUCCUAUAUAAAUUCUUAAGAAUACUUAUGUUUUGAAUAUGUUUCAGCGUUUCUUUUAAACGCUUUUCGAAUACGACAUUUUUCAAAAUAUCUAUUUAAAUAUUAAUUCAUGAAUUCACGGAUUCCAUAAAUCUUAUAUGAUUUUAAAUUGAUUUUGACUCAAAUAGAAUAAAAUUCUUUUUUCAAGUAAGAUAUAUGUUGCGAGACAUUAAUUUUUGUCGCGAGAAAUCAAUUAUUGUCGCGCAAAACUUUCGGAGCAUUCUGUAUAAAUAUUCGUAUCGAUCGCGAAGUACAUUUAGCAUCUCUUGUCGCGUAGCGAUUAUUAGCUCGUAUUAAUGGAUAAAUGAAGUAAUUAAUUAAUUACGUUAACUUAUGGAGGUAAGAUUCGAAACAAUGAAGCAGGGGAGUAAAUCAAAAGAUGGGGAUUCCUGCGAGAUUUAUUCAGGACGAGGUACUUAGGAGGAGUCUUCCCUCGCGAGAGGCACGCGUUGCCCUAUAUACACGUAUACAAUAUGCCAAGAAAGCACUCGCACAUCAUCAUGGUUUUAUUAUGUGAAUAUUAUAUUAUACUCUUUUCAUCGUGUAUUUAUAUUAUGUGGCAAACAAAAUUAUUCAUCAGCAUAAGUAUAAAGAUUUAUUAUAAAUAUAAUAUAUAUAAUAAAUUUUUUCAUAUUAAAUUAUAAAAUUUUAUUUCUUUUAAAUUCUAUGGAUCUCUCGGAUGAUAAAAUUUUCCUUGUAAUUCUAAAUCUUCUAAAUCCUAGAUUAUUUAUUGUUAAAAUAUGUACAUAUUUAAAUUACAGAAACUUUGGAAUUAUUUAAAUAUUCACUUAAUUAAAUGCUAAGUUAUUAUACUUAUGCAACUUCACAUAAUACAAAUACACUAUUACAUAAUUACAGAAUAAGUUUACAGCGCUUAAUUAAAACUAUAUCUUUUAAGAUGAAGUAUGGCGCGAGUGCUUUCUUCGCAUACCAUGCAUAUUUAUACAUAAUAUAAACUAUAUAAUAUAAACUAAUCAUGAUUUGCAAUCCUACAGUGCACUGUCGAAAACGAAACAUAAAACAAGUAGUGCAAAUUAAGGGUUUUUUAAGCAUUAAUGAUGAAAGAAAAAGAGAGAACUAAUGUACUGACGAUGACGACUUUUUUAACGUUUUAUCGCGUUACGGAGUAUAAUAUGUGUAUAUAUACAUAAAUGCAUAACAUAUAUCCACAGCAAGAACACACGUAGACCACAUGUGUCUAUGUAUAUACAUAUAUAUACAAUUCAUAUAAUCGCGCGUGCGUGAAAGUGUGCGUGUGCGUGUCUGACAAGUGUGCAGCAAGCAUGUAAAUAAUAAAGACCGUAUAAUACCA